AUGGGGCUUUUUAAAAGAUCAGAUUUGCUGAGGUAAGCUCAUUCAACUCGCUCGCUUAAUACUUUAUCUAGUUUCACGUUCAGAAUGGCUGUGUGGACUUCAGUGUGCGUGAUCCUGGUUUCUCUCACAGUCGCUUGUGUGUGUAAGUUUGUUUAAUUGAGUCAUAACAACUGUUGGAAGUUGAGUAAGGUCUGACUUUGUUGUAGCGUUGCCUCAAGUUCAAUAUGUGAAUAACAAGCCCUACCAUCUAAUGCAAUAUACUGAAUGUCAAGGAGGAAAGAUUUUCGAGAUUGCCAAUGUUAAGGUCUGUUUUGGUAUUUAAAUUUGUAAAACGUCAUCCAAUUAAAGUAUAUUUCGACUUUUCACAAAUUUGACUUCAGGACAUUGACGAGUGUAAGGCAGCGUGCCUCCAACGUGAUUGCCGUGCCGUGAAUCUGUUCCAACUAGGUGAAUUCGAAUUUAAAUGUGAGAUCUUGGCCUACGUUCGAGGUUACCAGCCAGCCCAAGGAGCGGCCUGUUACGUGGCUUACUAUUAG